AUGCAGGACGCGGGCUCCAAGGCGGACGUACUCACCGGCAUCCACACUGGGGACACGUCCACGAUACCAAACAGACGGGCAGAUACGGCCCCCAUCUGCACAGGGGUGGACGUAGGCUCCGGCCAGUCUGGACGGGAUGCCCACGCUGGGAAUUCGUCUAAUGGUCAGCUUCAGGCAUAUCCCAACGAGCCGAAGAAUUUGCCCGCGCACACGGGGGCAAAGAUUGGCGGCUCGAGCCACACCAGCGGGACAGGUCCAGGCGGAGACGGGGAGAGCAGCACUGAUGCUGAGCCCGGUCUAAGCCAUCGGAGAGGUCUCCGCAGAACCGGGUGGACGCCCAGUUCGCCUACCGUGUCGUCGAACGAGAUGUUGGCCGCUUUGAUAGAGGAAAUGGCAGAAAUCCCUCGUUUAGGGCCUGUGCGAGCGUGGUGCAACACAUUUCGACACCCAUUCGCGGAGGUGUAUCACGCAGUACUAGUGCGUUUAGAGGAACUGCCGGCUGAGCGACAGAGAUUUCCUUUACUGAAUGCAGCCAAAGCGAGUCUAUUACUGGGUCUGUUCGAGCAGGCUCAUGUUCAGCGACGAGGCAGCUUUACUGAGUGGAACAAAUGGCCAUGGCGAACACACGCGAACUGUUUAACACGAAGUGGGCUUUUAAGGAGAUCGUACGUGUCUUUGCAAGCCAGCAUAAGUGGGCCCAUUCACCGGUCCUGA